CAGGCGGCGGCGCGAGCGCGCACCUCCGAGUGGUGAGCGCGCCCCGGGGCCGGCUUAGCUGCUCGGGUGCGCGCCUCGGGGCCCUGCCCCAUCUCUGUCCUGCCUGCAGCCUCCGGAGCCGGCAGUCCGUACGGGCAGGGUCAUCCAAGCAAGCCCGACCGAGCUCCGCCUCCCGCAUCUUUUCCCGGCACCAAACAACGCGUUAAUCCAGCUCUUCGUCCAAGUGCUUCGCGCUUCCGGAAGAAGGCAGUGGAGACCUGUUUGAGAUGUGGUGGUUUCAGCAAGGCCUCAGUUUCCUUCCUUCAGCCCUUGUAAUUUGGACGGCUGCUGCUUUCAUAUUUUCAUAUAUCACUGCUAUAACACUUCACCAUGUUGACCCUGUUUUGCCUUAUAUCAGUGACACUGGUACAGUAGCUCCAGAAAAAUGCUUGUUUGGGGCAAUGUUAAAUAUUGCCGCAGUUUUAUGCAUUGCGACCAUUUAUGUUCGUUAUAAGCAAGUUCAUGCUCUGAAUCCUGAAGAGAGUCGUAUCAUCAAAUUAAACAAGGCUGGCCUUGUACUUGGAUUACUGAGUUGUUUAGGACUUUCUAUUGUGGCAAACUUCCAGAAAACCACCUUUUUUGCUGUACAUGUAUGUGGAGCUGUGCUCACCUUUGGCAUUGGCUCAUUAUACAUGUUUGUUCAGACUAUCCUUUCCUACCAAAUGCAGCCCAAAAUUCACGGCAAACAAGUCUUCUGGAUCAGACUACUGUUGGUUAUCUGGUGUGGAGUAAGUGCAUUUAGCAUGCUGACUUGUUCAUCACUUUUGUACAGUGGCAGUUUUGGCACUGAUAUAGUACAGAAACUCCACUGGAAUCCUGAGGACAAAGGUUAUGUGCUUCACAUGAUCACUACUGCAGCAGAAUGGUCUAUGUCACUUUCCUUCUUCGGUUUUUUCCUGACUUAUAUUCGUGAUUUUCAGAAAAUUUCUUUACGGGUAGAAGCCACUUUACACGGAUUAACCCUCUAUGACACUGCUCCUUGCCCUAUUAACAAUGAACGAACACGGCUACUUUCCAGAGAUGUAUGAUGAAAGAACAAAAUAUACCUAUGGUGAUUAUGAUUCUCAGGGAUUGGGGAAAUAUUCAUGAAAGUUACUUAUUCUGCUCUGAAAUUUUCAACCAGUUAAUCAAGGCUGACAGUGACAUCAAAGAAUCCUGAUAAUCAAGAGACAUGAAUUAAGCCAUUUGAUGUUGUUUUAAAGGAUAUCUUCAAGAGGACCAUGAAAAAACAUUUAUGCCUAUACUUUUCUAUCCCAGAAAGUAAAACCAAAGGACUACAAAAUUGUAGAUUUUUUUCUACUUUUUUAAGAGAAACAACCAGAAGUGCACCAAGCAGUCUGCAAAAUUCAGCUUUUCACAUUUUUAAAAACAUUACAAACCAUGUUUUGUUUGGAGCACUUAUGUGAGAUAUGUUUCAGGACCCCAAAUAAUCAGCAAUGCUCAACAGCUUUAAAAUUGGGUUUUGAAGUAAUAGUUUUACCAUAUUAAUACAUUUCUUAUAGUCUUUAUAAAAUUUAUUUCCUCUGGAAUCCAACUUUAAAGGGAAGCAGACCUGAAUUCAUGUGAGCACUUUUAUUGCUUAAGCUUUGCACAAGAGAUUCUGUAGAUAUUGAUUUGAUUCCUGCCACAAGGUCAGAUAGUAUGCUAACUGGUCUAUACACAUGCUUGUGAUAGUUUCAUGAAGCUUAGUCUCUGAUAUGAGAUUUUAAUUACUAAUGAAUGAGAAAAGUAGCUAUAGGUAAAUUUACUCCAGUUGUGUUUUGCAUAAAACAAUGGUUAGUGUUCCUACACAAGUCUGAGAAGUUUGUGAAUAACAGCAAGUAUAAUUAAAAUAAAAGUCACCUCAAGCUGCACUCAAGAGUGUCUGAAGAUUUUCAUUUAUAGCAAAUUAUAAUUACUUGAAAAAG